AAUGAAAAAGUGCUUUUUUCGUAUUUCCGAACAUUUUACGGACACUUUAGUUACCUUCGAGAAACUUCGAAUCAAAUCAAUUAGAUAUCAUUUUAUAGUUCUCGCUUUGCUCUAUCGACGGAUAUACAAAAGAGAGCGACUUACAUGAAAAAACAUGUCAAACAAUUCUAAGCAUAGUUCAGUUGUAGGCUAUAGAACCAUGCAAGAGAGCGACAUACUACUUCUCAUGAUUAAUCUCUUUAAUGAAAUAAUACUGAAACAAUAGUGCUUCUUAUAUGCUAUAACAUAUAAUUAAAUACUCUUUCUAAUCAGUGUAAAGUGAGUUUAGUUCAUAGCGUGAAGAUUCUAUAUGAUAAGCUAAUAUUAAACAAGUACGGGUCCAAUGAAAGUCGAAUACUUCUUUUGUGGAUAAUUGAUCGUGAAAGUGACCUGUAAUUCUCAGAAUUUCACUUAAAUUCAUAAUGAAAACAUUCACCUCAUUUUUCUACAUAGGUUCACCAAUAAAUUGACUUCAUGAAUUUUUGAGUCCCUUGAUGCGAAAAAUACAUGUUUCAAAAGUCUUACUAAGAGAGAUUGAAAGGUUCAUAGGAAGGAGGAGUUGGGCCACCCUGACUUCACGUCACUGGAACAAAUUAUGGCUUGCUCUGACAAUACUUCAUUCGUACUUGGGGCUACCGAAGUCUCCUUUUUUCCUCUUGUCAUAGAGUGCAUGUCUGGAUCAGGACGAAGAGCCUCAUCUUCACACGAAGCACUAUGAAAUAUAUGCAAACAUAUGUAUGCUGCAAAAAAUGGUAACAUUCGAUGAUCUUUUAUCAAAAUAAAGCAUCUGUACAUUUAUAUUUCGUAAUAAAUACUAUAAAGGAUGGCCAAAAAGUGUCGACCCCUCUCAGUAAAUUGAUAAUACCUAUGACAAAUCUGUAUACGGUUAAUUGGUCGAAACAUGUGAUUUUCUUGAGAAUGAUUCAAGCUAUCAUCUGAAAAAACAUACCCUCGAAUACCAUAAAUGCAGUACAAUAUUAUGACCAUUCUACUAAUCUUGAAUGAAUAUUUUUAUAUAAAACUUUUUGAGAAAAAUCUUUAAAAAAUUAUUUUUUUAAUAGCAGCUGUAUCUUUUGUUUCUGCCCACAAAGAUUUUUUUAUAAGACUAAUAAUUUCAAUGAAUUGAUAUUUAUUAUAUAAGCUGAUUAUCAUUGCACUUUUAUAAAACUUCAUAUUGACAGUCUUAUCUUAUGAAGUUUACUGUUUCCAAUUUGUUUUCUGAUAUGCUAAUUGCUUGACUUUAUCUUUCCGACAGCUUUACAGUAUUUCACAGUAAGAUAGACGGAAUAUAACCAAUAAAAAACUUGUAAGGUAUCAUUCAACAAAAUUCAAAUAAAUAUAAAGAUGUCAAGCGGAAAAUUAUUGCUACAUCAACAAAUUUUUAUGUAGAAAAAUAUGAGAAAAUGAUUACCAGUAUUUCAAAAAGGUUGAAAACAAAGUUAAUACAUUACAAAAUUUCUUUAUUGAUAUUUAUACAAAUAUCAAUCUGAUAAACAUAUAAAUCAUUUUAAUAUUUUAUUGAAGAAAGUUUUUUAAUUUUUCUUUAAAAGUGUAAGAUAAGAAUAUUUAUUCACAGCUAGUCAAAUGAUCAUAAUAUUAUACUACAUUUAUGCAUUUGGAAAUGUCCUUUUUUUCAGAUGAUGCCUCGAAUCAUCCACUGCAAAAUUACAUAUGUUGAUCAGUUAUCAUGUAUAUGUUUGUCAUAGAUAUCAUCGAUGUACUGACUGGUGCAGACACUAUUUGACUAUUCUUUAGUAAUUGAAUUUUUUAAUGAAAAGAUUAUUAUCAACAAAGAUAAGAACUCUCUAUGGUAACAUUUACGCAUACUUAUCUAUUCUAAGUGUCUAAGAAAUUAAAAAUCAUUAAUGUUCAAUUGUAUUUCAAAUUUAAUGUAAUAAAAGAAAAAUACUUUUUUGUCAAAAACUGUUUUCAUUUUUGUUAGUUGAAAAAUUUCCUAGGUUCUAAAAAAUUCUUUAUAUAUCUAUAAUUUCGAAAGGAACCAUAGUAAAUAUCAUCUAGCAAAAACCUUUUUUUGUGAGACUUUGAGUGUGUACAUUGUUAUUUUGCUGAUAGUCAUCAUAGUGAUAUAACCAAGGACUGUUAGUCUAUAAAAGACUACGAAACUUUUUUCUUUCUGUUUACAAUCAGGUUACUUCGAUAAUAAGCAUGGAUUCGAGACCUACACUGUUUCAUAACGGUAAUGACGAUAACAAUUCACAGCAGUAGUCAAAAGGGCGAAUAUUUUUAGCAGAACAACAGCUCACCACGGAAAUACCAUAUAGCUUUGUUUUAGGAAAUCGUCUUUCAGCAGCACAACCUAACAAUCAACAAGGUCAAUGGUAUACAACUCCUGCCUAUCAACAAACAAAUAAUGUCAAUUAUGAGGUAGAAUUACUUAAACACCUAUCGAGCGAUUUCGGCGACUUACUCAAUCGAUCGAAUCUUAGUGAUUGUUUGCUUAAAAUUAAUGAUACUUACAUGGCUGUUCAUCGAUGUGUUCUUGCUGCUCGUUCAAAUACUUUUUCUGCUAUUAUGUCGGGCAAUAACAGUCGACUUGAUCCUGAUAUAAAAAAAGGACUUGAAACAUUUGUGAAGGAUGAUAAAUUAAUAAUUUCUAUUGGUAAAACUUCUCUCGAAACAAUGAAACAAGUUAUUAUAUUUAUGUAUACAGCUAAAUGUCAACUAGAUGAACGCAAUGCAUACGGCCUUCUUGAUGCUGCUGGUCGAUAUGAUAUUAAAAGUUUAAAAGAAUAUACUUCUCAAUUUCUUGUUAAUGAUAUUAAAAUAGAUAAUGUCUUGAAGUAUUUAGGAAUUGCAUAUAAAUACGAUAGUAAAUUACUUACACAAAAAUGUAUUGAUUAUUUUAUUGAUAAUGGCAGAGAAGUAAUGGAUAGGAAGGAAUUGUGGGAAAGCUUCUCUAAGGAUCACAAAGGGAUUGUUGCUGACCUUGUUUAUUGGACUGUUAAUAAAGACGAAUACCGCCAAGAAAUAGCUCAACCGCAGUUACAUUCGCAAUGGUAA